CACAAACAGAACUAUGUUUAGGUUAUGAAGUAAAAUAGUAAAAUUCAUUAUAAAUGUUAGUUUGUUACAAUGUCAGUUUUAAAGUGGUUAGUUUUUCAAUUACACCUUAUAGUAAUAUUUCUAACUGUAAUCAAACCAAAUUUGGGAUAUGGAGGAAGGAAAUACACCAAAGAUGACUUAAUAAAAUUAAGGGAAGAAGUAAGAGAGAUGUUCAAUCACGCUUAUUCAGGGUAUUUGAAGUAUGCCUACCCUUAUGAUGAACUCAGGCCUCUAACUUGUGAUGGUGUAGACACAUGGGGAAGUUACUCAUUAACGCUAAUAGACGCAUUAGACACUCUAGCAGUUAUGGGCAACUACACAGAAUUCCGCCGUGUGGUUGACAUCGUUGUGUCAAACGCCAACUUUGAUGCUAACAUCAAUGUUUCCGUGUUUGAGACAAACAUUCGUAUUGUUGGAGGACUGUUGAGUGCCCACUUGCUGUCUCAAAGGGCAGGAGUAGACCUAGAGCCAGGAUGGCCGUGCAAUGGACCACUGCUGAGGUUGGCUGAAGACGUUGCUCGUAGGCUGAUAGCAGCGUUCGACACAACCACAGGCAUGCCGUACGGCACUGUCAACCUACGACACGGGGUGCCGCCGGGGGAGACCAGUGUAACCUGUACAGCUGCUGUGGGGACGUUCAUCCUAGAGUUUGGAACUCUUUCUAGGCUCACUGGCGACCCUCUAUACGAAGAGGUAGCCAUGAAUGCUCUCCAUGCUUUGUACAACCACCGGUCAUCCAUCGGCCUGUACGGGAACCACAUUGAUGUGAUGACUGGACGAUGGACAGCUCAGGACUCAGGGAUUGGAGCUGGUGUUGACUCCUACCUGGAGUAUCUUGUAAAAGGUGCUCUGCUGGUUCAAAAGCCAGAACUGAUGGCCAUAUUCAAUGAAGGGCGAGUGGCCAUUGACAAGUAUCUCAAACACAACGAUUGGUACUUGUGGGUCUCCAUGCACAAAGGUCAAGUCACUCUACCGGUGUUCCAGUCUUUGGAAGCUUAUUGGCCUGGAGUCCUUAGUCUUAUAGGAGACAUAAGCGGAGGUAUGAAGUCGCUUCACAACUAUCACCAGGUAUGGAAGCAGUACGGUUUCACUCCGGAGUUCUACAACAUCGCACAAGGUCACGUUGGCACCAACAGGGAGGCCUACCCUCUGCGACCCGAACUCAUAGAGAGCACCAUGUACUUGUAUAGGGCUACUAAAGACCCCUUCCUGCUGGAUGUUGGCCUAGAUAUCUUACGGAGUAUUCAACACAGCAGCCGAACCAAAUGUGGAUAUGCUACGGUAAAAGACGUUAGAGACCACAGCUUAGAGAAUAGGAUGGAAUCUUUUUUCCUGUCGGAGACAACAAAAUACCUCUAUUUGCUGUUUGACCCAGACAACUUCAUACACAACAAUGGACAGCAAGGGUCAGUGCACACACUGCCAUCAGGGCGAGAAUGCAUCUUGGAUGCUGGAGGAUAUAUCUUCAACACUGAAGCUCAUCCAAUUGAUCCAGGAGCAUUACUGUGCUGCAGUGAUAACAGUGAACCAAAGCGAUACAACAGAGAAGCCGCUCGUGGCGAAAAACUAUCUUCGUUUGCAAAAUUCAAUCAAAUGAAAGAACCACCCUCAGUCUCACAAAGCACUUCUGGAAACGAUCGACAGGAAGUGGAAGAUUUACCUUCAGCUUUUACGGAUGACGAACCAGUCAUUGGGAAAGGUGAUGCCUAUUUUAAGAAAUUGAAGAAGAACAGAGCAGUGGAUAUUGUCACGAUUCCUCCUCCCAACCCGGGAGAAGUGCAGCCUAUAGUGGAUGGAAAACAGAAAAGGUUGUCUCUAAAUAUGCUGCAGAUGAUUGAAACUCUGAUCAACAACAACCUUGAUAAACAUCUCAAGCGAACUGCUUGGAGUCAUGACCUGCUGAAGGAACUUGUAGACGUCAUUGAACAUGCCGAAGAAAUCCUGAGUCGUAAAAAACGAGGUCUGGACGGAAAAGAAGUGAUAGAAGACAACAAAGUUUCUGCUGAAUCAAAAGAAGAGGAUAGUGAAUCUGUUAAAGAAAAGGUAGCAAAAGACCGUAAUGCCAGUUCUGAUAGUUCAAAGGAUAUUAAUGAGGAAGGAGAACACAUUGCAAACAGUAGUCAUAGAAAUAAGAUUGUUAAUAAAGGGGAAACAGAAUUAUUUGAAGGAAGUGAAGACUCAGAAGAAUCUACUAGAACGAAUGAAGAAAAGAAGGAGAAGGGAUUGUUUGAGUUGGUGAUGAGGCAGCAAUUUAACAACAUAAAAAAAGCCGUCUUAGCUGAGGCAGAGUUGAUGAUGCUUCAUCUGACAAAAUGCUUAGAGAAUUUGGAGUUGACAAAAAGUUUGGAUGAAGUUAUCGACAGUCCUGAGAUACGAAUUCAGUUUCAUACACAAAGGCUUGAAGUUACUGUCUUAGCAAACAAUAUGAAAAGAUCUCUUGAGGAAACAAAAAAACUCCUAAAUCAAGAAGGAGAAGACCAGAGUGUUACUAUGGAGCUUUUUAAAAGGUUAAUAGAAUUGGUAGUCGAUGGAAAAACAGUAAAAACAUUUUUGGACGACUAUAAGCACUUUAUGGACAUAACAAAGAAGAUAAUUGAAAUCGAGAAGGAAAAAUACAAUUUAGAAGACAAAAAUGAAAAUGAGUCCUCGGAUAAGGAAAGUACAAGUAUUGAAAAUAAUAAUUUGGUCAAAGGAAACAUUGAAACACUUUCUGUGGAAGAAAAUACCAUCAGCAACACUGACAAGGAUGCUGUUGAGAAUGACAACAAGGAGAAUAGUUACAUAAGUGAUGAGGGUAAAUUGUUGCACAAUGAUAAUUGGAAAGCUGAUGAUAUAUCUUACCAAGUGGAUGAUAAGGAUAGAAAUGAACUAAGCUCCAAGAGUAAUGAUAGACCUUUGUUUACAGACAAGUUAAAAAUAAAGACUGAAACUGUUGUGGGACUGCUUCCCAAAUCACUUGUAUCAAGUGAUAGCAAUUUUGAUCCUCAGGUUUUAUUAGAGCGGAUACGUAACAAUCCAAAGUAUUACCGGAACUCGACAUGGCCAAUGCAGUAUGACUUGUUGACCUGUCUACCUCAAUCGUAUUUUAUAAAAAUUAUGUUGUCAGGAGAAUUUUUCAGCGACUAAGCAAAUAUUUGUUCCUUAAAUUGGUUCGGAGAAACACUCAUGCUCUGUACUAAUUUUUACACUAAAUUCAAUAGGUGGAGUAUGCCAAAGUAGUUGAAAAUAUUAUGUCAAUAGAUAUUUCUAAAAAGAAAGCCACUUUUAAAUUUAAUUCUGUUCAAUUAUCCUAGCCAUGACCAAACUUAUGUUUUCUUCAACAAAUUUGUUUUAAGAUUUUAAUUUGGAUUUUCAAGCAACUUGUAUAAUAUUGUAUGGUACCUUUCUUUUUUAAUCUAAUCAAAUUACGCUCUUGAGCAAUUCAUUAAGAUUUUUAAAUCUCUAUCAAUAAAGAGGAAAAUCUUUCAAUUCAGUUUAAAAAUGUAUCAGAGAUGAUCACUAAAAACAGCCUAGUGCAAUAAGCACAGUUUUAGCUUGACUUAGUUUACCGCCUAAUGGGACUGUUGUAUAUAAUAAUAAUGGGGGAACGAGCUGGUGUAGAGGUUAGAGCAUGGGACUUUGGUGCCUGAGAUCCCGGGUUCAAAUCCCGCCAAGUCACCAAUGGAUUUUAUCUAAGUGAUAAUGCCGCAAACCCUAGGUCUAGCCUGAAGUAAUGUGAAAAACAAUUCCGGGCUCGUGCCUAGCGUCUAAGACAAAAAAAAAUUGUAGCCAAUACUGGUUAUAAGACACUUCAGAGAAAGGAGUGGAUUUUCCAUAAUACACACCCAACAUUUCCAAUAAUAGGUACUUUAGAAGGAUCUAACACUUGGUUGUUCAAUUCUAGACAGAACCGUUCUGAUUUUUAAGACAACUAUACAGAAAGAAUAAGUAGAUAAACACUAAACAGGUAGGUAAAAUAACAACACAGCUGGCAGAGCCUCAAUGAUUUAGCAGUCGCUGUUUAAAAGCCAUGCACAUAUCCUAUGUUGGUUUAGGGUGUUUUUUUUUUGUUUUUUUUUAUAGUAAUGUUGGAUGUUUGUAAAAGUUUCACUAACCGUAUGUAGUGCUCAACUUUAAACCCUAAAACAGUUCUUUGACUGGUGACCAAUGGUCUUUGGGGUCAUUAGUUAUGGUUUCUAAGAACAGGGCAACGUAAGGUAAUAUACAAGACUACGUUUGGGACUUUUCUCUAACAAAAUCCCAAAAAAUCCUUUGGUAUUUAUUAAAUACCAAAGGAUUCAUUUAAAUACACAAAUGACCUCAUUAUAUUUUGUUUAUAUCAAUAACAUGUAAAAUGAAUAUUAAUUGUAUAUUUCAGGGGUCUUCAAAGAUGUACCUAUACAAUCAAAUGAAAUUAAUAUUUUUUCAUUAGAACUUGGCAGGCCCGUAGGUUGGAGACCCCUGGUAGGCUAAAUUUUGUCACAAGAGCCCACAUUGGCUCUUUCAGCCCGAGCUCAAAUUUAACAACCAAGACGAGGCUAAAGAUAGAGACUUUUUGCCCUUUUGAUGAACUGUUUUUUGUCAGAUUGCACUAUUCAUUAUGCUAAAUAAUUUGCGUAAUGUAGAUUCGUACAUUGUUUACCUUUAAAAGGUAGCUUGGAAAAUGGACUUUUUUGUUUCCUCCUUUACUAACAGAUGUUACGCACGUACGCAGUGUGAAAACACAUAAAAAUAUGAGCAGCAUUAGAUGUAAUGAGGAAUUCCACACGCAGUGAGUUUUCCGCAGAAGCGGGCAUGUAUCCGUUUUAAUGCUGCUCAAAUGUUUAGCGUGUUUUCACACUGCUUUCGUCCAUGAAAAAAAAGAACUUGGGGCUGUAGACUCAUAUAAUAAUUUAAGCACGUAAAUGUAUUAUAAUAAUGUAAUUUAUUUUAGUUUUCUGUGCUUUAAAUUUGUAGAAAUACUAUUUCUUCCUUGGGGCACAACCUAGUCAUGAUAUAAGGGUUUUAUUUUCUAUUAAUUAUUUAUAGUUUGAUUUGUAUUGAAUUUAUAAUGUUAAAAUUUUAAUUAUUUUAUCUCUGUAAUGUUGAUAAUGGACCGAUACCAAUUUACUGUGAUACCAUAUUCUCAAAGUCUAUGAAACUAGUUUUAAAUCUGUUCAGUCAUGUAAUAAAUAAGUCUCUUUUGUAACAUCAAACCAGAUCUGUUUUAACAAAACGAUUUAUCAUUAAUAAAACUUUAUUACUGA